AAACACGCAAACACCGGGAGAGUGGUGAAUGUCACGGCGUUUGCUUGGGGUCCCGUGUUUAUUAUGAUCGAUUAGGUCAAGGCUCAGAGACCGCGGACGCCGGAUCAGAGUGACUGUCUCUACCGCUCGGCUCAGUUUAGCCCUCCGCGGCUAUGGGAGCUCGCCGUUAAGCUCUCUCACGGACACCGGAGGACCGAGGUGCGUCCGGGGAGAGGGGGGCAGCACGAGGGAUAGAUCAAAAUUGGAUCCUAAUUCGCUGAUGUCGCCGCCAUCUUGUUGAUACUUUGCAGUCAUCAUUUCGUUACGUUCCCAAGUGCCUUACUUUUUCGCACUAAGAUGCGCCCCUCGGCCACUAAUUCCUGUUUUGCUUGAAGGCCUUAAACAUCAUUCAUCUUCAGCAUAACUCUCAUCUCACGAGGCCUCUCAUCCUAGCUAGCCUGUCACUGAGAAAGCUGCACUCUCUGCCUCAUCCAUCCCACCAAGAAAUCACGCCCAGGUCCAGGAAUGAAGGGGUGGUCACUCACAUGUCCUUCUCUGCCCUUGGUAGAUACUGCACAGGAGUUGCCUAAGGAAGUGGACCAACGGGAGCAGGAGAUGUCAGGAGAGACUGAGGGAGAAGACGCAACACCGGAGGCUGCCACCGGGGGCAGCAGGGCUGAGGGAGGACAGGAGUUUUCUGUUAAAGAGGCGGAUUACUCCGAGGGCUGUGUCAAACUGAAGAUUGGGCUUGGAACAAAGCGGACGAAGAAGCCACCCAAGAUACUAGAGAACUAUGUGUGCCGCCCACAUAUAAGGACUUCACUGAGGCCAGGGCGUGGCAGUGGGAGUGGCAGUCAAGGUGGAAGAGGCGGGGCCAGGAAUGAGGUCACAGGAGCUAACAAAUCACAGAGCCCCAUGAGGAGUAAAGACAGGAAAGAUGCCAUGAUCUCUGACCCGAACUCCAGUUUGGCAUCAACAGCCCUGUCCUGCUUGCCAUCGCCAACAAACAUCGCGGACACAUCCACCACCACAGCCGAGGCUCCUGUGUCUUUGCCAGCAAAGAGGGCUCCUCCAAAAUUGGCACACAAGGCAGGGAUGAAGGACCAUUUCUUGGAGGGCCCCCCAAAGCUAAAUCAAAAUGGAAAUAAGUUAUCUGGUGCUGGCAAGACAGGAGAGUCCCCUCCCUCCAGUUCCCUGUCGCCCACCCCUGCUGCCUCCCCGCCUUCCCCUACCAAGCAGCACUCCACUGUGCAGGAGGGCGCCAAGGUCACCAAUGGGGACACUCCGAGAGACGAUAAGGCCACCAUCUCCAGCCAGGGAAGCUCAUCAGUGGGCGAGAAGCUCAACAAGCGCAAUGCCACCUCGAACAUCAGCCGCUUAAAACACCAGAAAGCCAGGGCCUGCAAACUGCACCAUCUCACAGAUUCCCACGUCUCCUCUGUGGGAAACAGCGCAGCCAGUUCUACCCCACUCCUCUCAUGCUCCAACCCUGCUCUCUCAGAUGCAAGCGUUGCUCCUGCUUCCCCCACAGACAUGGAUAAUGACCAGGGUAAGCUCUUGCCUUCUUCCCAGGGGAAGACUGGAGCUGCAGAGAAAGACAAGGCGGAGGGCACAAACAAUAGCAUCUCUCUGUCAGUGAGUAACACAGGCACUUCAUCAACCAUGACGGCAGCAAACAGCAAUAAGAGCUCUGGUGGUAAACCACAUUCCCAUGCGCUGUCCCCGAUGACCACCAUAAAUUCAGACCAAAGCAAUGGACAAGUGCCUGCGGGGGAAAGGGAUACUGCCUCCUCCCUGACCAGCCCAACCAGUGGAUGUAUCGCCAAUCUGUCUGAAGGAAGCCCUGGAUCUGUAGUGCAGUGGAAGGAUAAUAAUAUAGGUGUAGAUAAUCCAAAAGACUUGAGUGUGAAUAAGCCAACAGUUGCCUCUGAACAAAUGAAAGUAGACAGUGCUGGCAGCAGGGGAGCCUUGAGUGCCCAGGGCAGGAGGAGUGCCCUGCAGCAGGACUGUGUUCCGCCGGCCGCCUCCUCUAAAUGCCCCUCGCCCGAGCAGGACAGCAGGCCUCUGAAGAAGCGCAAAGGGCGCUGCCCCCGCUGGACACGGGCGGUGCAUCAGGCCCAGACUCCGGAGAAGAGUGCCAGCUUGGUAUCCAACAGCUCUUCCCCCCAGCAGGUAGCCAAACCGGUACCGCCCCGCCGGCCAGUUGGCAGACCACCCAAGUGCAGUCAGUUUCCUGUCGCCCAGCCAAAGAAGAGGGGGCGACCGAGGCUGAACUUGAGCAAAUCAAGCGCACCCACCGCGGCACCUGCAGGCCCUCACAAACACAGCGCUUCCCUGGCCAGCGCCGCGGAGGCUGAGAGGGGCAAGACGGCAACGUCCUCCGAGAGGAGCGUGACCCCUCCGAUCAGCCUGAAGAGGAAACGGGGUCGUCCAAAGCUUUUAUCUCCAACCCCCAGCUCGGAGCCACAGCCUCUCAAGUAUCCAUCAAAUGGAGACACACUCAGAGAUUCCCAAGAGGCCUGCGAAGGAAAUGGACAAUCCUGUUCAAAGGGCAGUGGGCAGCUAAUGAUGAAAUCUAUUAUUGGUAAGAUCAACAAAAUGAGGACAAAGAGACGGAAAUGGGUCUUAAAUCAGCUGUUAUCAGGACAGGGAGAAGGCGAGAGAGGGGAGUCGGCCAACAGAAAGAAGCCAGGAAGAAAGUGUGACUCAGACCCAUCUCCAGCGGCCUCCAUACCCUCUCUGGCAGCCUCCUUUGGUGGAAAACUGGGUCCACAAAUCAAUGUCAGCAAGAAAGGGACAAUCUACAUAGGCAAGCGAAGAGGACGCAAGCCAAAAGUGCCAAACGGGGAUUCCAAACUCGGCUUCUCUCAAGAUUACUCCCCGUCGCUGAGUAGCUUCAGCUCCAGCUCGCAGUCGGCCGAAACAAGCGGUCUCUUCAGCAACCCCUCUUCCAAAAACCAAAGUGCCAUUGCCCUGAACCAAUCAAAAGCCCUGUUUUCCCACACACCAUCUUCCACAUGUGCUACGCUUUUCCAAAACACUUCCUCUUUCUUGGCCCCCUCUCAGAAGAAGUCAUCCUCUUACAGGGAGCAGCACCAGCUACGGCACGACCGCAAAAUGUCCCUGUCCUCUUCCCCCCUGUCUGCAUCGUCACUGAAUGAGUUCAAAGACGCCACUGUCUCCCCCCUGAGUGAGACGUUGCCGAGCGACAGCAGCAUUGGGACGGACAACAGCAUGUCAGACUGGGUGGAGAGGGCGGCGGCAGGUGGCAGGGACGUCGGAGGGGUGACCUUGGGAAGAGGCGCGUCGAGUCUCGCCUCAGACGCCCGGUGCCCUAGGUGGACGUUUGGGGUCACCCCUCACAGGGGUCGUGAGAACUCUGUCACCAUAGCAACGGGACCAGCCCGUUACCCCUGGACCCAGCCGUCGAGGUCCCCUCCUGCCCCCGCAGGGGACCAGAGGGAGAAGCACAAACACAAGAGUAAGGGAAGAGUCCACAGGUGCUCCAGCUACAAGCUCAAGGGCCAGAAACACAGGUGCAAGAGGAAGUACCUGCAGCUGAAAAGCAGCCGGCAAGACCCAGACUUCAUGCUGGAGGUGGAGAAGCUCAUUGUGCGGCUUAGCAACAUUCACUUGGUCCAUCAGCGGAGCGUGCCCGAUGCCACGCUGGACGGGGAGGGAGGUGGUGCCAGCGGGGGAGGCGGCAUGGGACCCGGCAGGCACUCCCACCCCCACCACUGUAUGCCCCAGAACCUGCUGCCCACCAUCUUCCAAAUCAACUUCAGCGGGUACUACUCACCCCACCUGGCCUGCCCAUAUGACUCUCUGCACUACGUCAGGAAGCCAGACCUGAAGAAGAAGCACUCCGCGCACCCUGCCCAGUUCCGAGAGGUGUCUCCGUCCGAUGUCUCGCUUUUACAGGGUCUUGGGUUCCCUCUCUCCCAAACCGGGUACUACCGCACCCCUCACCGAAUCCCAUAUGCCUCCCCAGUGGGGUUAGGCUACUAUAAACGCUACCCCUCCAGUGAAGGCCUUUACACACAGUCAGAGCAUUCGCCCUCCUUCUCCUCUCAGGCCUCAUACACACACCCUCACCACACCUACCCGGUCUUCGUGCAUCCAUCAAAGCUGCACAAAAAGAAGCAUAAGCUGAUGAGGCAGGACUGUGGUGGGGAGGGUGUGCGUUCGCCUGUGAUGUAUCCAGGGUUCUCCUCCUCGGAGUCUACCUACUUCUGGCCCGGAGAGUGCAAGCGUAAACACAGGCACAGGCACGUGGAGGAAAGAGGGGGAGAGUGCGACGUUGCUGGUGGCACGGACAAAACGGAAACGAGAAAUCCGGAUUUUAAAGAGGCGAUGGGGUCUCAGUGGCGACACAGGUACGGCUCCUCGGUCAACCGCGGCUUCGUCCCUCCGUCCCCCGCCCCUGACUCCUCCUUCUCCUCUCCCUCCGUAAGCAAGAGCUGUGUGUUUAAGGAAGCCAGUCUGAACUGGAUGGGAUCCUCCAAGACAUUCCAGACUGCCAGCGGAGGCAGAGGAGGCUUCCUCCACAACAAGCCCUGGCUGAAAGGCGGGCUGCUCCCGAACCCCAGUGCAGAGCAGGCGGAGGGCAAAACGGGAGACUCCUCUCUCGACUCGGAGAGCGAGGAAGACCCCGAGUUGUCGUCGUCGUCGUCAGCGAGGACCGGCUCCGUGCCAGGCCUCUCCCGACCUCAGCACGUUAACCUGUUCACGAACGCCUUCAGCCAGGGGGCGGCCGCCAGGUUUGGCAGCUUGUCGGUGAGCAGCGGCAGCACAGAAGGGAUCUCGGGGCUAAGCCGGACGAGCAGACGAGAUCGGCCCACUCCAUCUAAAAGCAAGGAGACAGGGAGAGAAGCAAGCCCAGAUUCUGACUUGGCUGAAGUUUUAGAAAACGGGGUUCACCUGCAGCAUGGUGUCCAUCAGCGGAGGCCUUCUCUUGUCCACAGGCACGCCCAUGGAUACUCCUCCUUCACUGGGCAGCCCUCGCCUCCUGCUUCCGCUGCCUCUGCAGGUCUCAGAGGGACAAAGCUGUCCAGCUACAGGCAGGUGGGGCAGAACGCUGGCUUCCCAGGACCCCUGUCUGAGCCGACCCACUGUCCUUCCUCCUACGGGUCAAGGGUCCGGGCUGGUCCAGAGUGCGGCGCCAGGUCCAGUAGGACCAGCCUGGACCACCUUAACAAGAUUCUGCGCGCCAAGAAGAUGCAGAGGCAGGCGGUGACGGGCAACAAUGUGGUGAAGAAGAGAGGUCCGGGGCGGCCCAGGAAGUACCCUCUGCCCUGCCCACUGCCCCCUCCGCCCACCACCACACAGGACUCGCACCCUCAAUACGCCGCAAGAGGAGGAGGAGGUGUUUGGGAGGAGGUGGGUCCGGGCCCAGUCAAGCGAGGGAAGAAGACGAGGUGCUACAAGCGAGGAGGAGCGGAGGACAGAGAGGAGGAAGAGCGUCAUGAGCAGGACAGACGAGUGCGAGGAGGAGGAGGAGGAGGAGGGAGGAAGGCUGAGUUCCCCCUGGCGGAGCACCUCUCCAGCAAGAGUUUAGAGGGUGGAAAGUUCAAAAGUCAAACUUUCAUUGGUUCAGUCCCAUCUGAUCAAGCCCCACCCACACAGUCUGUCAGCCAAUGGGGUUAUGGAAUUCCCCAGCCACCAAAGAAGAAGUAUGAGAGGGCGGGUCUAUACUCUGAUGUGUACAAGACUGACGACCCGGAGACCCAGCUACGGCAGCUGCAAUGGGACACUCUGGAGUACAUCCCCGGCGAGCACGACUACGGCCUGCUGCCCGCCCCCAUACACGUGGGAAAGUACCUGAGGCUCAAGCGCAUAGACUUCCAGCUCCCCUACGACAUCCAGUGGCUCUGGAAACACAAUCAGCUUCACAGGAAACCUGAUCCCCCAGCAUACAGGAAAAUCACCUCAAACGUGUUUGUGGAUGUCAAGCCCAUCUCCGAACACAUGGCCACUCAGUGUACCUGUACGCCUCCAGAAAACAGUACUGCCAAAGGGUGUGUGGAUGGUGACUGCCUCAACAGGCGGAUGUGUGUUGAGUGUGCCCCAGGCGUGUGCCAGUGCGGCGAGCAGUGUGCCAACCAGGCCCUCCAGAGGCGCCAAGGCGUACGUGGGCUGGAGCGCUGCCGGGCGGAGGGCAUAGGAUGGGCACUCCGCACCUCCCAGCCCCUCAGGCCUGGCCAGUUCAUCACCGAGUACCUGGGAGAGGUGGUCAGCCAGCAGGAAUUCAGGAGGCGGAUGACUGCCCGUCGCUAUGGCCUCAGUCCCCAGUACAGUCUAACUCUGACCGGUGGCACGGUCAUCGACAGCCAUCGGAUGGGCAGCGAGGCUCGUUUCAUCCAGCACAGCUCUAAACCCAACUGUGAGGUGCAGAAGUGGUCGGUGAAUGGCAUCUAUCGGCUUGGUGUGUUUGCCCUAAGACACAUCAACAGUGGAGAGGAACUCACGGUCAACUACAACACAGACCAGGCAGAGGGCCAAGUGUGUAAGUACCACCUUGAUGAGAACGAGAGUCCCAGAGCUGACCUGGGGCAGCCUGCAGUCCCCAGCACCCAGAGAGAAGAGAGAGAGGACACACAGCUACAGAGACCAGCAGACAAAGACACACACACAAGCAGAAAGCAGGAAUCAUCUAUAGGGAGCUCCAGGUGUUCUCCCGGUCUGAGAAUGAAGACUUUACCCAGCAAGGACAGGGAGUUUGUGCUGACGCACGGCAUCUUCCUGGUCCGGAACUAUGAGGUGGUGCGGAUGAAGCAGGAGCUGCUGUGGAGAGAGGACGAGUGUGACCGGAAGAGACAGAGGGACAGAACAAAGGACAAAAACAGCUGGCCCAAGGACUGCCACAACGCCAGCUCCUGUGUCCAAACAGGCUCCCAGAAGCAAGAGGCGGAGGUCAGCGAGACUGAAAACCUCACACACAUUUGUAAGGAGAUCUGUGACAUCAUGACCAGAUACAAAGACUCAGCUGGUCAUAUCCUUGCUGCUCCUCUACUUAAUCUCCGUGCAAGGAAAAGCAGGAGGCUGCGGGGCGGCGAGUGCGAGUCGGAGCCUCUGGACCUGAGCACCAUGAAGAGGCAGAUAGUCUCGGGUCAGUACCGGAGCCUGGAUGCGUUUGACAAGGACAUGCUCAGAGUGUUCAUCAGCGCCGAGAAAUACUAUGGCAAGAAAUCAGCGGUGGGUCGUGAUGUGUGCCGAUUGCGCCGGGCGUACCACAGCAUUCGCCGCAACGCUGCCAUCCAGCUCAGCGAUGCGGAGACAGGUGCCGCCAGCAACACGACAACCGCCGGCACCCACGACUGUGACCCCAACGUACGCAGCUGUCACCAUAAUGACCAGCGGGACAGUGAGGACGAGGCCAUGGUUCAGUGUGAGCAGGGCACGCAGAGGGGUGAGGUGUGCUUCCCAUCCUCCCUGGUUCUCCACUCAGCUCUGGACCGCAUGGAGGCCCAGAAGAAACGGCUGGACAUGGUGGUGUGGAAGCUCCUGCAACACCAGCCCAGCACAGACAAGAGGCUCCCCACCAUGCCUCCUCCAAGCUGCCUCCAACCAUCCACCCAGCCGCCCGCCAGCUCCCCGUGUGGAGCAGACAACAAGAGCAUGAGGGCGGAGGCCAAGAGAACAGAGGGCUGAGGAGGAGGAGGACAGAACAUGAGGGUGGAGGCCAAGAGAACAGAGGGCUGAGGAGGAGGAGGAAGAGGACAGAAUGGUGGGGAAGGGGAUGUGCACUGUGUUCUCCACAAACAACACAGCAGUCUCUCUGGCAGCUCAAAAUGGACCAAUGGACCAGGUAGAGUAAAAUGACCAGGAUCCCAAUGCAAGACCCUAGAAAAGACAGAACAUGCACAGGUCAAACAUCUCGCCCCUGGGGAGGAGAAUGUGCUAUGUAAGUCCACCCUGGAUGUAUGGACAUAGGUCAACAGCCGUGGAAGAAGUGCACUCGCUGGCGUCAGUGGAUACCUGCAGCCACCUCUGGAUGUGGUGCCUUUCCCUUUGCACUAUCCUCUGCUUGGACAGACACUAUGGCCACAGCCAAUUUACGCGUUUAUACCCUUAAGCACCUUUUACUGCAAUUAAGCUAAUACAAGAUGUAACUAGUUUGCGUUUAAGCCAAACCAGAUUUUAAUGGGAAUAUUUGUACUUGUAUUUGAAUAUCUGAAUGUAUUGUUUAUGUAUUUGGUCCCAACAAAUUAUGCAAUUUUGGUCCAUGACCUAAACAGAUUGACAUACCAGCUAAAAAUAAGAGUAAAACAAUAUCUAACAGAUUAAAUGACAAUAUGUUAGUGUUCAUAACAGCUAAAAGAAAGGAAAUAUAACUUAUUGACAUGUAUGCUUAAGAAAUAGAGCUUUACUUUUACUGCAGUUUGCAUACUUGUAGUAAUAAUUGUAUGAAGCUACAUUUUAUAAUUUAAAAGCACUUAUUAUCUACACUGUAUCAUAUUUGGUUUCUUAUUAGAUCAAAUAUUUUUUGGCAGAAGGCAGCUGUAUUGUGUAAUGUCUAAUUGCCUUGAAUAUUAAGAUAUUAGGAGUCGAAUAUGUAUAAAAUGUUUAACUGUACAGUACAUACAUAGGAGUAGGACACAAGGUCAUAAAACAUGUUCCUUGCUCUUGUUUUUUUCUCUUUGGUCCAAUCCUACAGUCUGUUUCCAGCUAAGAACUUUUGCAGACAGUGUCAGCAGUACCGUCAAGCCUACAUUUAUGACAGCAUUAUGAAGAUAGGUGCCAAAUGUUAAAAAAGUUGAAUGUUCAAUAAAGAUUAUUUUGCCCUGUG